UAACCUACCAGUUGCAGCAGGAGUUAAAGCGUCGGGACAGCUGAGGGAGAGAGACCAGCCGCCCCGGAGUACACUCUUUAUGGUUCAAAACACAAAGACCGAGCCUCCUUAUACCACAAAGACCGAAGCCUUACCUCCUCUUUCCAGGCUGGUCAGUGAAGAGAGCCUGAGCUCGGAGCUCUGCUGUGUGGACAGGAGACAGACAGGACAGACACCGAGGACCAAGACGCCCUAGGCCUCUUGUUCCCUGCUGAUCGACUGGGAGUUGUCCCCCUUGGACCGAGGCACCAUGGCUCUGUCCAUCGAUCCAACCGAAGAACCCAGGAUGUAUCAGCAGACCCUGUUGCAGGACGGACUCUACGAUCUACUGGAGAAUGACAAGCUGGUGGACUGUGUCCUGAAGAUCAAGGGCAAGGAGUUCCCCUGCCACCGUCUGGUGUUGUGCGCCUGCUCGUCCUUCUUCAGGGCUCUGUUCCUGUCAGAUCUGGAAGAGGAGAAGAAGAGAGAGGUGGUGUUGGAGGAUGUAGAGCCGGGAGUCAUGGGUCUGAUUCUGAAGUACCUCUAUACCUCCACCAUUAACGUGACAGAGCAGAAUGUCAAGGACAUCUUCUCUGUAGCCAACAUGUUCCAGAUCCCCUCGAUCUUCACAGUGUGUGUCUCCUUCCUCCAGAAGAAACUCAGUCUCAGUAACUGUCUGGCUAUAUUCCGACUGGGCCUGAUGCUGGACUGUCCUCGCCUCGCUGUCUCCGCUCGCAACUACGCCUGCGAACGCUUCCAGCUCAUCGCCCGUGAUGAUGACUUCCUGACGCUGGGGCCCAGCGAGCUGGCAGCCAUCUUGACAGCGGACACACUGAAUGUGGAAACGGAGGAAGAGGUGUUUGAGGCCGUGGAGAAGUGGGUCGGUCAAGAUGUGGAGAACAGGCUGAAGGAACUACCCGGCCUGAUGGACUGUGUCAGACUCAGACUGGUCCACAAGGACUACUUUACUGAGAUGGUGGAGAAGCAUGAGUGGAUCUGCUCCAACCCUGAAAUGGAGAAGAGGCUUCAAAUGGUCAGAGACGCUCGUGCUGGAAAACUGCCCGACCUCCCGCCUCAGAAGAAAACAAAGAAGAAGACAGAAGAAAAUAAGACAGAGCAGAAGGGAGAAGAGGAGAAGGAGGGAGAGGAAGAGGAGGAGGAGGAAGAGGAGGCUCUACUCCCGGGGAUCUUGAAUGAUCAACUGCGUUUUGGGAUGUUCCUGAGGGAUCUGGUGUUCAUGGUGAGUGACACGGGGGCGGUGGCGUACGACCCCACGGGGAACGAUUGUUACGUUGCCUCGCUCUCCACUCAGAUCCCCAAGAACCACGCCUCCCUUGUCACCAAAGAGAACCAGAUCUUUGUUGCUGGGGGACUGUUCUACAAUGAGCUGAACAAGGAGGAUCCUCUCAGCUCUUACUUCUUACAGUACGACCCAGUGAGUGCUGAUUGGCUGGGCAUGCCCCCCAUCCCGUCGCCCCGUUUCCUGUUCGGCCUGGCUGAGGCGGAGAACAGCAUCUUCAUGGUGGGAGGGAAGGAGCUGAAGGAGCAGGAGUCCAGUACUCUGGACUCAGUUCUGGUCUAUGACAGACAGUCUUUUAAAUGGGGCGAGUCUGACCCCAUACCAUACCCCGUCUACGGCCACGCUACUGUGUCUCACAACGGACUUAUCUACGUGAUCGGAGGAAAGUCGGAUAACAAGAAGGUGAUGAAGAGGAUGUGUGUGUACUAUGCCCAGCGGUUUGAGUGGAAGGAGCUGGCUCCGAUGCAGCUGGCCCGCUCUCUGUUUGGAGCCACCGUCCAUAAAGACAAGAUCUACGUAGCAGCAGGCGUCACAGACACCGGCCUGACGGACACCGUGGAGGUUUACGACAUCAAUACCAACAAGUGGUCAGACUUCGUGGAGUUCCCUCAGGGUCGUAGCUCGCUCAGUCUGGCGUCGGUGGCCGGGGGUCUCUACGCUGUUGGAGGCUUCGCCAUGAUGCCCAGCGAGGACAAGGAGGAACUCCUCCCCAAGGAAAUGAAUGACAUCUGGAGGUAUGACGAGGGGGAAAGGAAGUGGGUGGGUGUUCUGAGGGAGAUCCAAUACGCCUCUGGGGCCACCAUCUUGGGGGCACGACUCAACACGCUUCGACUCACCAAGAUGUAACACUCCUCAACACCAUGAGACUCACUAAGAUGUAACACUCCUCAACACGCUUCGACUCACCAAGAUGCAACACUCCUCAACACCAUGAGACUCACCAAGUUGUAAAGAUGUUCCAUUUUUCACAGUGCCACCUGUUCCAACCCAUAUGACAUGUGUUAUUUGACCAAUUCUGUUGUGUUUGACCUGGAGGGAGUUUAUGGUGUCUCACGAGCGGCGCAGGCAGCAGUCUAAGGCACUGGAUUUCAGUGCUUGAGGCAUCACUACAGACCCGGGUUCGAUCCCAAGCUGUGUUACAACUGUCCGUGACCGGGAAUCCCGUAGGGCGGCGCACAAUUGGCCCAGCAUCGUCCGGGUUAGGGGAGGGUUUGGCCGGGGGGGGCUUUACUUGGCUCAUCACGCUCUAGCGACUCCUUGUGGCGGACCGGGCGCCUGCAGGCUGACCACGGUUAUCAGUUAAAUGAUGUUUCCUCCCGACACAUUGGUGCAGCUGGCUUCCAGGUUAAGUUUCUUAGAGGACGCAUGACUCAACUUUUGCCUCUCCCAAGCCCGUUGGGGAGUUGCAGCGAUGAGAAAAAAAAUAGUAAUUGGAUCACAAUUGGAUAUCACGAAAUUGGGGAGAAAAAGGGGUUAAAAUACUAACAAAAAUAUAUUUAUAUAGUACCAGUCAAAAGUUUGGACACACCUACUCAUUCAAGGGUUUUUCUUUAUUUUUACUCUUCUACACAGUAGCAAAAUAGUGAAGACAACAAAACAAUGCAAUAACAUAUAUGCAAUCAUAUAGUAAGCAAAACAUUUUAAAAAUAUCAAAAUAUAUUUUAUAUUCGAGAUUCUUCAUAGUAGCCAUCUUUUGCCUUGAUGACAGCUUUGUACACUCUUGGCAUUCUCUCAACCAGCUUCACCUGGAAUGCUUUUCCAACCGUCUUGAAGGAGUUCCCAGAUAUGCUGCUUUUCCUUCACUCUGCGGUCCAACUCAUCCCAAACCAUCUCAAUUGGGUUGAAGUCGAGUGAUUGUGGAGGCCUGGUCAAUCACUCUCCUUCCUGGUCAAAUAGCCCUUACAUUUACAUUUACGUCAUUUAGCAGACGCUCUUAUCCAGAGCGACUUACAAAUUGGAGGUGUGCUGGGUCGAUUUCCUGUUGAAUAACAAAUGAUAGUCCCAAUAAGUGGAAACCAGAUGGGAUGAUGUAUCACUGCGGAAUACUGUGGUAGCCAUGCUGGUUAAGUUGGACUUGAAUUCUAAAUAAAUCACGGACAGUGUCACCAGAAAGCACCCCCACACCUCCUCCUCCAUGCUUCACUGUGGAAACCAAAAAAGAAAAACCCUGGAAUGAGUAGAAGUGCCCAAACUUUUGACUGGUACUGUACAUACAUAUAUAUUUCUAAUUAAACGUUUUUUUUUUAAAUAAAAAUAAAUAUAUAUAUACACACAAAACAGCAUAUCUGUUAUAGUACAGCUUGAAAGACUGGAAUGUAAAUGUUGAGUGGCUUAACUGCAGGUAAAUUGUUUGUUUUAAUAUUCAAUAAAAAAAAGUAAAAACACCACAGGAGCUGCACCUCUUCCAACACCACAACAAAUAUAGAGGACUCUAUUAUUAACACGUCUAGAGGACUCUAUUAUUACAACACAUCUAGAGGACUCUAUUAUUAACACAUCUAGAGGACUCUAUUAUUACAACACGUCUAGAGGACUCUAUUAUUACAACACAUCUAGAGGACUCUAUUAUCAACACAUCUAGAGGUCUCUAUUAUUAACACGUCUAGAGGACUCUAUUAUCAACACAUCUAGAGGUCUCUAUUAUUAACACGUCUAGAGGACUCUAUUAUCAACACAUCUAGAGGACUCUAUUAUUACAACACAUCUAGAGGACUCUAUUAUCAACACAUCUAGAGGUCUCUAUUAUCAACACAUCUAGAGGACUCUAUUAUCAACACAUCUAGAGGACUCUAUUAUCAACACAUCUAGAGGACUCUAUUAUCAACACGUCUAGAGGACUCUAUUAUCAACACGUCUAGAGGACUCUAUUAUCAACACGUCUAGAGGACUCUAUUAUCAACACGUCUAGAGGACUCUAUUAUCAACACAUCUAGAGGACUCUCUUAUUAACACGUCUAGAGGACUCUAUUAUCAACACAUCUAGAGGACUCUAUUAUCAACACGUCUAGAGGACUCUAUUAUCAACACGUCUAGAGGACUCUAUUAUCAACACAUCUAGAGGACUCUAUUAUCAACACAUCUAGAGGACUCUAUUAUCAACACAUCUAGAGGACUCUAUUAUCAACAUAUCUAGAGGACUCUAUUAUCAACAUAUCUAGAGGACUCUAUUAUCAACACAUCUAGAGGACUCUAUUAUCAACACAUCUAGAGGACUCUAUUAUUACAACACAUCUAGAGGACUCUAUUAUUACAACACGUCUAGAGGACUCUAUUAUCAACACAUCUAGAAGACUCUAUUAUCAACACAUCUAGAGGACUCUAUUACAACACAUCUAGAGGACUCUAUUAUCGACACAUCUAGAGGACUCUAUUAUCAACACAUCUAGAGGACUCUAUUAUCAACACGUCUAGAGGACUCUAUUAUCAACACAUCUAGAGGACUCUAUUAUCAACACAUCUAGAGGACUCUAUUAUCAACACGUCUAGAGGACUCUAUUAUCAACACAUCUAGAGGACUCUAUUAUCAACACAUCUAGAGGACUCUAUUAUUACAACACAUCUAGAGGACUCUAUUAUCAACACAUCUAGAGGACUCUACUAUUACAACACAUCUAGAGGACUCUAUUAUCAACACGUCUAGAGGACUCUAUUAUCAACACAUCUAGAGGACUCUAUUAUCAACACAUCUAGAGGACUCUAUUAUUAACACGUCUAGAGGACUCUAUUAUUACAACACGUCUAGAGGACUCUAUUAUUACAACACAUCUAGAGGACUCUAUUAUCAACACAUCUAGAGGACUCUAUUAUUACAACACGUCUAGAGGACUCUAUUAUCAACACAUCUAGAGGACUCUAUUAUUACAACACAUCUAGAGGACUCUAUUAUCAACACAUCUAGAGGACUCUAUUAUCAACACAUCUAGAGGACUCUAUUAUCAACACGUCUAGAGGACUCUAUUAUUAACACAUCUAGAGGACUCUAUUAUCAACACAUCUAGAGGACUCUACUGUGAUGCCCUCUGGUACCCCCCCAAACUCGCUGUGUCCAAAUCAACUCCUCUGAGUUUAACAGAGUUUAAUUCACAUAUAAUGCUAGCAGUUCACGAGAGCAUAUGUAGAGCAGACUUCUGGAGUGGGGAAAGAAUUAAUGCUUUUCACUGUGUAGAUACAUUGUGUGAAUUAAAACUGUCAAAUUGAAGAUAAA